CAGUCUGCUGUCAGGAAAGUGUCAGACAGAUCAGAGCACAUUUACAUUGAGCCACCAUGAGAAACAAUAGCACCUGUAAUCUAACAGAAGUGGAUUUGCUCAUAGAGCCAUUGGAGUUGGCAAUCUACGUGCCCAUUUUUGUGUUGGGCAUCAUCCUAAAUGUCAUUGCGCUUGUUGUGUUCUGUUUUUUUUUUAAAAAAUGGACUGAAUCCAACAUCUACAUGAUCAACUUGGCUUUAAUGGACAUGCUCUUGCUGCUUCAGCUGCCCUUCAAGAUGCACGCCACAAAUAACCUCUGGUCAGCAAACAAAAAACAUUUCUGCUCUUUCCUGGAAAGCCUGUACUUCAUGGCCAUGUAUGGGAGCAUCUACAUCAUCAUGUGUAUAUCUGUGGACCGCUACCUUGGCAUAUGCUACCCAUUCCAUGCCAAGCGUCUACGGUCCAAGAAAAGUGCAUGGAUGGUGUGUUUGGUCAUUUGGGUGAUUGUGAUAGCAGCGACUACUCCAGUUUACACCUUCCGUCAAGAGGGAGGUAAUGAUUUCCACUGCUUUCAUGGCUUUUCAGAUAAGGGAUGGCACCCGGUGCUUAUUAUGUGUCUGGAGGUGUUUGGUUUCCUGCUGCCUGCUCUUGUGAUUAUAAGUUGCUCAGUGAAGAGUAUCUAUACCCUACAUGAUCCAAAAGUCACAAGAACUCCUGUCCGGAUCAUUUACAGCAGCCUGUGUGCUUUCCUGGUGCCUUUUACACCAUGCCACGUUGCAAUCUUUCUUCAGUUCCUGGUGCGCAGCUCCAUCAUCACUGAGUGUGACUCUAAGAAAAAGAUCUCCCUGUUUUUACAGCUGUCUCUCAGCCUUGCUAACAUAACAUGCUGCCUAGACGCCAUAUUCUACUACUUUGUGGCCAAAGAGGUACGGGCGAGUAAGGACAUAAUCAGAAGAUCCAUCACUAGGAUGAAAAGUAUGAGUAGCUCAGACACAUAAGUGCAUUUUUUUUCUUGUUGCUGAUUGUCAAAACAUGAUCAUGCUUACAAAGGCUCAUUAUUAAUACAGUUACUGUUAAUAUAAUAUGCCUCAAAGGCAGAAGAAAAAUAUCCGUUUUUACAAAGAUUCCUUUUUUUAAAGAAACUGUUACAUUUGAUUAGGUGUGAUCAUCAGAAAGCUAAAGACUUGAGUGCUGGAAUAACAAAGGCAUUGAUGCUUAUGAAGACACAUUUACUCAUUUUUAACUACAGUUUUCUAUACAGUAUGCCUCAGAUGCGUAAGAUAGAAAAGGGUUUAUAGUCUGACUCACCUCGACAGGGUGUCAGAAAUGGUUCUCACGCGAAAGAAGCGUGCCAAGGUGAACAGAGAUUUUAGAAAUGAAUAUGAGGUUUAUCCACUCCAGUUAAUUAUAACACCAUUUUGUUCAACUAAUUUCUUUUAUAUCCCGUGUAUCACAGGGGGAAGAAUUGUGUUCAUUAGAAGUUUCAUAUAUAUUCAGCAACAAAUAUUUAAUUCGGGAAAGGGCUGAGAAUCACGGAAGAUUCUGCUCACAGUCUUGUUUUAAUUGGGUGAAGGAGUGGGCAGAGGCAGCAUGCCUGGCAGUUUCACUCUGCCUCAGGCUGCUGCAGUUCACAAGAAUUGCGUAUAGUCUCUUAGUGAAAAGCAUUAUUUAAAAAGUUUAACUUGUUAUUGCUUACAUGUUUUUUAUUUUUUAACUGUUUAACACAUUCUUAUCUUUUAUUAUUUUUAGGUAUAAUAUAGAUGUAAGAAAAAAAUACAAUACAUACAGGUAUAGAUAAUACGUAAGCAGUAACAGCAGGAAACUAAAGAAUUUUUAUUUUUAUUAACAAUUGUAUAUUAAGUACUGUAUAAUAUAUUGCUUUCAAUUUCCAGAAUGAAGUUAACUAUAUGCUGUUUUCUUCAAGAGAGUUUAAAUUAAUUUGUAAACUCUCCGAAUCAAACUGAAUAAAGUCAAUAG